GUACCUUAUAACCUACUCACAAAGCAACCAGACAACACAUCCAUCUCUAAUCUCUCUCUUUCUCUCUCGCUGUAAACUUCAAUUCAUGAUGGAAUACCAAACAAACGCUAGUUUCUCCAUGUUUUACGACCAAGACCACCCUCAUUAUGAUUAUGAUGACCUCUCUUCAUCAACUUCUGUUGAUUGCACUCUCUCCCUUGGAACACCAUCUACUCGUGUCAACGAACACCGUAGAUUUUCUUCUGCCAAUUCUAACAACCUCUCCGGCGACUUUUUCUUUCACGGAGGAAGCGCAAAAACUAUGUCGUACAAGAAGAGCGGUAGUGAACACAACUUGCCUCGCCGUUGUGCUAGCUGCGACACAACUUCUACUCCUCUAUGGAGAAACGGACCAAAAGGACCCAAGUCUUUAUGCAAUGCGUGUGGAAUAAGAUUCAAGAAGGAAGAGAGGCGUGCAGCCGCCAGAAACUCAAUAACGUCCGUUGGUGGUUCAUCAGUUGCAGAAGUUCCGACAGAGAACCCGUACAACGGAGGUGGAAACUAUUAUUCUCAUCAAUACUAUGCUUCGUCGCCACCGUCGUGGGCUCAUCAGAACACACAAAGAGUUCAGUAUUUUUCGCCAGCACCGGAGAUAGAAUAUCCGUUCGUUGAUGACGUCACGGCUGCCUCGUUUCUGUCUUGGAACUGACGUCACGGAGACUAAUGGCCUUCUCCACCAUUUUUAACGAGAAAGAAACGUUAACUAUGGAUGAUGAUGAUGACGACGGUGACGAAAGGUCUAGCUAGUCAUAGAUUCUCACCCAGGCUAAAUCAGUCUUGGUCAAAUCCAUUAUAGUUUCUUUUUAUUUAUUUAUUUCUUACAUCCUGCUUACAUCGAUUCUAUCUACUUUUGUUUUCUUUUUAUGACUUUUUGAAUGAUAUAUUCAUGCGUACUCUGUUUAUGACCCUUUUCAUUAUAUUCCACUUGUUUUGAGUUUUGACCGUGUAUGAUGCAUAGCAUACAUACAGGCUGAUAGCAUAUGAUGAUCUCAAUAUAUAUUCUCAACGUUAUUUUACAUCG